AUGGCGGGGGAAGGCGGGAGGUUAGAAAAAAAAAAAAAAAAUGGAGCUGACGAGGAGGCAAGCCCAGCCGCCACCUCAAACGGGAAGAGAAGAGCGGGCAAGGGAGGGGGAGAGGGUGCGGAGGGGAGGGAGCGGAGGGCGGCGACCUCGCCUGGGCAGACGGGGCGUGGCCGCCAGAGACUCCGAGAAGGCCGCCAAUCAAGCGCCUUCCGCCCUCUCAUUGGCUGCCUUCCCGUCUGUCGCCGAACUUCCUCCCUUUCCCCCUCUCGCGAGAGAAGGGCGGGGGUGUCGCCAUCUUGGGCUUCCGGUUGCCCGCCCGUUCGCUGCCACGGUGGUUGUGGCGAGUUACAGAGCUGGGAAUGGGGGUUCCAGAGAAGGUCCCUGAGGAGGCUGCAGCCCGCCGCCACGUUCACGACCCUCACAAUUGGGUGGGCGGUCGCUUUGUCCAAGGCCCCUGCCCAUGACCGCCGCCCUUGGACUUUGAACGAGUGUGCGCGGUCUGGUGUGUGCGACGGCCACGUGGGUGAGGAACCGGGGCCGCAGCCGGCUCUCGGAGGCCGCAAGCCUCGGUACCUCCCUGUGACUGGAAUGUCCCUGCAGCCUGAGGACUGCGGCUGCCCCCGGACUGGGUUCGCUGCGACUCUGCCAGGCAGAGCUCAGAAAUCAUUUGUGUCAUCUUUUCAACCUUGUGUUAUCUUUGGUUGUGUCACACAAAUUCGGCUCAAACUGUCCACAACAAAUUGAGUGAUACAAUUUGGUGCAAAGUGAUUUCUGCACCUGGUUUGAUGUGCAAGAAAGUUGCAACCUAAGAAUAUAUCCUAGUAACCAAGCGUCUGAACCUCAGCAAUCCAAGACUGAAGGAUGUCAAGUUAAUGCCCGAAUAAGGCAAACACUGAGACACGAAUGUGAUCAGCAAAUGAAGGGCCAGGAAUUGGUCAAGUGGAAGACAUCAAAAGAGAUGCAAAGGCCUUAAUGGAUCUGAAAUGGCUUGGGGAAUCAAGUAACUCCUGUACUUUUCUUUUUGUACCUUAAAAAAAAAAAUACUCUUUGAAAGACUGAGUUAUAUAAACAAAGUGAGAAGUGGACAGAGAGAGAUCUGUCUCUCCAAAUUACUACCAGAGCUGGAGAAGGCUGAAGCCAGGAUCUUGGAACUGUGCCCGGUUCUCCCACAUGGGUAGCAGGAUUCCAAGUCCUCUGGCCAUCUUCUGCUGCUUUCCCAGGUGCAUUAGCAGGGAGCUGAAUGGGAAGCAGAUUAGCCCACACUAGAACCGGUACUCAUAGGGGAUGCUAGUGUCAUAGGUGGUAGCUUGACCUGCCGCCUGACAACACUAGUGUGAUUUGUGCCUUUUAAUUGAUGCACCACAUGGCAUCUUGACAGCUACAUCAGACAAAAUGAAAUCUUCCUUCAUCAUGGGUAAGACCAGUGCAACCACCAAGAUUUCUUAAUGUUUGCAUUUCUUUUAGUGGGUCUCUAGAUCACUAUGACAUGUGUUAGCAAACUAACCAAAUAGAAUAGCUCUUUAAAUCAAGCCAUUUUGCCUCAUGCUAUGGUGCUCAGUCACCAUCAAGGACUAUGACUGAUAAGACUCAGAUACUGUGGAACUUUGGUUUGUUUUUGAUUGGUUUGUUUCAGGGAGACUUGUUAGAUUUCUUAGC